GCAGGAUUAUGGGCCAUCGCCCGAGCGUCAUAUAGAGGGUUCGCAGCGCAAGGGAUGGGCGCAAAUCCAGGACACCCGGGCGGAGGCACGGAUCCUGAAAGGAGGGAGGCACGUCUACCUCAAGAUCGUGCACCGUGACGACGACGUCGCCCAGCGCAGGUUUGCCAGGGAUGUCGCGGCGGCAAAGCUGGAAAAUGGGAUCUUGGAGCUGCAAGGAGCGCCAUCGGCCGUUUGGAUCCAUCCGAACUAUGUCCUCUUGGAGGAGCUGAUUGAGCGCGAGCUGGAACAAGCCCGCUGGCACUGCUUCCAUGUCGUUGGGACUCCGGGGAUUGGGAAGAGCUACUUCGCCUUGUACUGGCUCUACAAGCUCGCGCGGCGAAAGACGCGAGUUAUCCACUGCCUCGAUCGCGAUGACCACCGUCAUGGUGGGGAUGGCGAUGACGAUGGCGAUCGAGAUAAGUGGUUUCUCUACGACUUCUCUCUCGAAGAUCCUCUUGUCUGGACCGGGCCGAGAUACUAGCAAAAGACGUCUUCCAUGGGAAUGGAGGGCUGGGACGCAGAAACUGCGUGGCUGAUCGUGGAUGGGCGCUUCAGUGCGCGAAUCCAAGCCGGGCAGGAUACCACAACUUCGCCAAAGACUUUGGCAAGCUCUGCCACCUCGAGGCGUGGUCUCUGUGCGAGCUCCUCGCGUGUAACCGGGCGCUGGAGCUGGGCUUUAGCGACGAGGAGCUGGCUGCGCGGUUUAGGAUCGCUGGAGGACUGCCCAGCCUGGUGCUUUGCAAGCAUGAGUUCAUCGAUGGCUUAGUGAUGGAUGCUGCUGCAAGCACUGUGGAUGAUCCGGACUGGGAGAGGGCCCCCGUGAGCGCCGAGAACGGCAUUCUUGUGCACUAUAAGCUCCCAAGGUGGAGCUCUGGGAGGUUAUGGGAGCGCAGCCACCUCGUCCUUGGAUCGGUGUUCAUACAGAGCCUGGCGUUUGAGAAGCUGCGGCGACGAAGGGAAGUGGAGAGCUACCUUGGACACUUCUUUGAUCUCAGAGGAACGCUGCUUUUCGAAGGAUUGGCGUCGCAGAUUUUCGAGAAGUUUGCGCUCGAGGUUCUCUCCCGGGGUGGAGCUUUCCAGUGCAAGUCUCUUGAAACCAUCACAGGUUUGGAGGAGAAACUUGUCUUGCCGAGAAGCGAUGGUGAUUUUGUGACCAAGAGUGUCGAGCUGUUCUUCCCCGCUCAAGAUCUUCGUGUUUACCGUGAGCUCCAAACGUCCAGUACAUCGCUGCGCUGUUGCUCAGGCGAUCGAGGGGUUUGAUCGGUGGCAUGUCGAGCGGGGCCCGGCGGCGCCACGGUGUUACAAGCUGGUCUUCCUCAUACCAGAUCUGAGGGACGAGCUCAUCUUUCAGGACCGGCAGGAAUACGUCCACGAAGAUUUCACUACUUGUUCCGGCCCACUGAACCGCGAUGUCAAGCAGUGCUCCAAAAGAAAAAAGGGGAAGAGAAAGACUCGUACGGAUCAUGUUAGCAAAGUCUAACAGUAUUUAUUCUUAUCUGGAAAUAAAUAUCAAAUAAGCAUUUCAGGGA